AUGGCUCAUGAGAUAGCUAACGAGAAUGGGGAAGCAGAGAAUUCUACUCUGUUGGCCCCCGAGACUAUCAAUGGAGCUGUUUCGCCUAGUCCAAGUGCAACCUCUUUCACUUCUUCUGUCGAGACAAGUGGUUCUGACUUUACUUCAUCAUGGGAGAAAUUGCAGGAUGUCUAUUCUCAGAACAUUGGACUGUUCUAUGUACUGCUGGCACAGCUAUUCGCAUCUAUUAUGUCCAUGACAACAAGGCUCUUAGCAACUGGAUUUGAGACAAAGUUCCACGCUCUUCAGAUCAUCUUUGUCCGUAUGCUUGCCACUGCACUAAUCGGAUCUUUCUACAUGUGGCGUGAAAAAGUCCCCGAUUUCCCUUUGGGGCCACGCAACGUGAGAGACUCUCUUUCAUAUCUCGACGUGUCCGACGCGACGGUCAUUACGUUUCUUGUUCCCACCCUCACAGCAUUUAUUGCUUGGGUUGCUCUACGCGAACCGUUCACCUUGAAUGAAGCCUUAGCAGGCCUCAUAGCGUUUACGGGCGUUCUUUUCGUUGCCCGUCCUGCUUUUCUCUUCCCACAUAAUGACUCCUUCCUGACGGGUUCCUCUUCUGAUAACGAAAGUGCCGCCAGAGGUAUUCUUUCCGCAGUUAAGGCAACACCCCAUGAGCGCACAAUUGCCAUUUGCUGUUCCAUUUUCGGCUCCAUCGCUGCAGCGACAGCUUACUCAACUAUUCGAGUCAUUGGAAAGCGAGCUCACUCUCUUGUGAGCGUCAACUACUUUGCUGUGUUGGCUACUAUCAGCUCCUUCCUCAUCAUCACGAUCCACCCUGAUUUGCAAUUUGAGAUUCCGAAGAGCCUCGCUGAAUGGUCAGUCAACAGUCAACUGGCCAUUCUUCUCUCCAUUGGGGUCUCGGGCUUUCUAUUCCAGGUUCUUCUUACUGAGGGUUUGCAAAGAGAGAAAGCCGGCAGAGCGACCAACCUUAUUUAUGUACAGCUUGUCUAUGCAGUCAUUAUCGACCGCGUCAUCUGGGGAACUGUCCCUCCACCUGCCAGCUUCAUCGGCAGUGCUCUCAUCAUUGGGUCGGCUAUUUGGGUGGCCUUGCAAAAGAAGGUUUCCUCAGAGCUGAAGCCAGUGUCCGAUGAGGAGAAAAAUUCUGGACUUGACAAGAAUGGGAUGAAGGAGGCAUAA